AUCUUAUAUUCGUGGACUAGAACCAUUUCCGGAACGAGCAACACGCAGAUUAUCAACAUGGAGGUGUUUGUGUAUAACCCAUUUUCCCAGUUUUUCAGUGCGCUUUUUCCUCUUGAAUCUCAUGUUCAAGACCUUGUUGAGCACUAUAUUAAAAAAAGGGGUUAUCUGUUAGAGGACUUCUAUAUCAAGAAAAACGGGCGUCUAUCAGGACUCGAUGAUAAAUUACAAGAUGGAGCAGUGUAUCGAUUGGAGCCUCGUCUUUGUGGGGGAAAAGGAGGCUUUGGCUCUAUGCUCCGAGCUCUUGGGGCACAAAUUGAGAAGACCACCAACAGAGAAGCUUGCAGAGACCUCAGCGGAAGACGUUUGAGAGACGUCAACCACGAGAAAGAGAUGGCUGAGUGGCUGAAGAAGCAGGCGGACCGGGAUGCGGAGAAAGAGCAGCGGCGUUUGGAGAGACUGCAGAGGAAGCUAGCUGAGCCCAAGCACCAGUUCACAGAUCCAAAAUACGAGCAGCAGUGCCACGACCUUUCAGAGCGCCUGGAGGACUCUGUCCUAAAAGGAAUGCAAGCCUCAUCUAGUGGGCUAGUCAAGGUUGAAGAGGCACCCAGUAGGAAAAGGCCUACUCCAAAUAAAGGUCGAAAGGCCACCAAGAAAAAAUGCUUAUGGACGGGGGCUUCCGGGCUAGAUGACCUCAACGACAGCUCGGAGGAGGACGAGUCGACCGACAGCGAGGCCUCUGCCUCCACCUCCAGCCCAGGGGCUCCAGGCAGCCCAGCAAAGAAAGAUGACAGGGCUGAAACGGCAGUCCGUUCCUCAGCUGCUCAGGGAAAGUCUGAAGCUAAGGAAACCAACUCCGGUUCCAGACCCAGCUCCCCAGAGAGGAGCCCAGCUCGCGUCCAGGCAUGUGGAGUGGCGGAGCAGGAAGCAGAGCCAGGUUGCAGAGGAGAGGAGGCAAGGACCAAUGUUGUUGUUGUGGAGACUAACACAAAGACAGAAAGUCUCAAGGAAAGUCAUUGUGACAUAAUCCAGUCUUUUCAGGAACAGCAGCCUGUAGACCUUGAGGCUGUGGGCUCUGUGGGGGAGCUGGAGGCGCUGGGCUUGGAGAGACUGAAGGCAGAGCUGAUGAGACGAGGACUGAAGUGUGGGGGAACUCUGGCGGAGCGCGCCGCUCGCCUCCUCUCCACCAAGGGGCUAAAUCCUGAGCAAAUCGAUCCUGCUCUGCUGGCCAAGCCCAGUAAGGGAAAGAAAAAGUGAUCGGGCGAGUUCCAAAUCGCUGAUCUGCGUGAUUUUAAAUGUGUGUUGAUCCAAAUGAAAGGGGUGGGAAGGUGGACUUCAUAAUGAGCAUUUUGAAUGUACACUGUCCAGCCUAUCAGAAGACAGGUAUGCAAUUCAAGGGAACUGCAACAGUUUGAAACUGGUUUUUAUUGGGUGCUUUCUUAAAGCAACAACGCUUGUUUGACACGACACCAAUCGUGCUUAAUUCUGUCACUCUAUUCUGUUGAGCCCAAAAUGGUUCAUUAGUUGUUUUCAAGCUGGAUAUUGUCUGGCGAUUAAUUGAUUUUUAAAAUGAUCCUUCCUAGUUUAUGUACUUAAAGGUAUAACUUGUCAGUAAUCAUCCAUUUCUUUUCUUUUUUAUUAGUUAAAACGUGUGGAACAUGUAUUCUGAAAGAAAGUUUACUUUAGUCUGUUUGGUCCCGGUAGAAAGGUUGUAUGUGGUUAAAUACAUAAAAAAAUUAUUUCAGAU